AUGGACUGCGUGAUUAAUGCGGUAUCCCACGUGGAACAGGCUAGUGCUGACGGCCUCCUGAGUGGUGCCGUUUUUCUGGAUGUCAAGCCAGCCUAUGACACCACAAGUCACAAUCACGUGCUUCAUGGACUUUUUACUAUGGACGUCACGGGGAGAGCCCUUAGGUGGAUCUCUGACUUCUUGCGAGACAGGACUGUAUACGUAAAAACCUCAGAAGGCGAAACCCUUCGUCACGGUACAGCAGCUGGUGUCCCACAGGGAAGCAUCCUUAGCCCGCUCCUGUUCAACGUUGUCAUGGCCGCACUACCCUCUAUCCUGCCACGGGGCGUCAAUGUUAGCUUGUACGCUGAUGAUAUUUGUAUCUGGUCUUCUGGAAAGCAGCGGCGAGCACUACAACGCCGCCUGCAAAGCGCGCUGGACAUUGUAGCCUCCUUCCUGGCAGAGAGAGAGAGGCGCGUUACGCACCACCGGUUCAUUGGUCUCAACCUCGACCGCAGCUUAUCGUGGAGAGCAGAAGUUCGCUGCUUCAAAGACAGAGCAGAGUCCCGAAUGAACGUUCUGCGCUACCUCUGUGGUACCCGGUGGGGGCUCACUUGUGGGGCUCUUUUCGGUCUUCACCGGUCCCUUGUACGUCAGGUGUUGACUUACCACCUUCCAGUACUGCAUCACCUCUGCCCCACAUCUGAGCAACUGCUCGAGACCAUUCUUGCGAAGAGCAUCAAGACGUGCCUCGGCGUCCACAAGUCCACAUCGACUGCUCUAGUCUUCGCGGGAGCCAAGGAACCACCUGUACCCAUCAUGAGGCUCGAUCAGUCUCUUAGCCACUAUCUGAGGCUGGCAACUCGCCACCAUCGACACCCCUUAGUGCGCGCUUUGACUCGUCGUCCAGCGUCUGGGUACAGCCAAGCCGUUCUUGCCCACCGAAGCAUCAUCCCCAAGCACAAAUCUCUGCCGAAGCACCCUGACCCACUAUGGGCCCUGCCCACACCCCCUGUCUGUGUCGAGGUACCUGGAGUGUCCUCGAAGAAAACUGCGUCGACGGUUGUUCUACGGCAGCUCACCUUGGCCGUGCUUGACAGCGAUAUAGGGAAGAUUCAGGUUUUCACCGACGCAUCAACAACGCGUUCCGGCUCUGCUUGCGCCUAUGUGAUCCCGCAGUUGUCAGCUGAAGGAUGUGCAAGGCUCUCACACCGCACGUCGGCGGCGGCAGCGGAACUGCACGCGAUUUGUAUGGCUCUUGUCUUCAUUGCAUCCUCUCCAUCCCCAGCUCAGUGGUCCAUCUACACCGACUCCAAAGCCGCCUUACAAGGCCUUCUCUACUCUACAGGAUCCUGUCUUCAAUGGUGCAUGACGUCCUUGACCUACGCCUCUCCCGUAUCACGGGGACAUGACAUCCAGUUGCAGUGGGUCCCUGGCCAUUGCGGUGUCCCCGGAAAUGAGGCUGCGGAUGCAGCUGCCAGGCGUGCCCAUCUAGCGCGUGGCGUUCGCAUGCACCUCGUCUACUUCACAAGAGGGGAUGCAAAGAGCACGAUAAACGCAGUAGUGAAACGUCUGAGCGGGGAACACUGGCGUCGAUGCGUCCCAGUUAACGCACUGCUGCGCAAAGUGGAUCCAGACCUGCAGUUUUUAAUGCCCCCAGCGCUCCCCCGGGCCGUUACCUCCAUCAUUCAUCGGCUACGUCUCAAUGUGCCAUAUACCGGCCGCCUCCUCUUUAAACUUGGGAAGGUUUCUACACCGAAUUGUUCUGAGUGCGGGGUAUUGGAGGACACAGAGCAUGUUAUAGAAGCCUGCCCUCGAUACAGAGAUCCUCGUCUUUCCCUUGAGGCGGCACUAGCCCGCCUCGACAAUCGCCCUUUCUCCGUUGGGAAGGUUCUAGGCUGCCGGCCUGCCCAACACCAGGUGCCGGCAUUGCGCGCUCUUGUGGACUUCCUUACCGCUUCGGACUUGCUUGACACUCUGUGA